AAACACUUUCUCUUUCACUUACCUUUAGUGGGAAAAAAAUACGAAUACAGAGAAGUGACAGCAAAAACCCACUUUCUAGUUUCUCCAUCUCUUCUUCUCUUUAAUAUCAUCAAACCAAAACCUUUCUCAAACCUUCCCCAAAAAAGCUUCACUCUAAUGGCGUUUCCAAUAAAUCUAACCCAAACCCUUCUCUUCUUCUUCUGCCCUCUUCUUCAUCUCUCUUUCGCUGCUUUCACUCCAACUGAUAAUUAUCUCAUCAAUUCCGGUUCUAACACCAAUACAUCUUUCUUCACAACCCGUUCUUUUCUCAGCGACUCUUCAGAACCUGGCUCGAGUUUUCUCUCCACCGAUCGAUCCAUCUCGAUUUCUGACACGAACCCAUCUCCAGAUUCACCCGUUUUGUACAACACAGCUCGUGUUUUCCCCGUCGGAGGAUCAUACAAAUUCCAAGUCACUACCAAAGGCACUCACUUUAUCCGUCUCCAUUUCGCGCCUUUUAAAGCUUCGAGAUUUAACUUAAGGUCUGCUAAAUUUCGAGUUUUGAUUAAUGGGUUCUCUGUGAUUAACAGUUUCAGUACUAGCUCCGUCGUUGUUAAAGAAUUCAUACUCAAAAUCGAUGACCCUGUUUUAGAGAUUUCGUUUUUGCCCUUUAAAGCUUCUGGAUUUGGGUUUGUUAAUGCGGUUGAAGUGUUUUCAGCACCUAAGGAUUAUAUAAUGGAUCAAGGAACGAAGCUUGUGAUUCCUAACUCUGCUCAAAUCUUUAGUAACUUGUCAUCUCAAGUUCUUGAGACUGUUCAUAGAAUCAACGUUGGUGGUUCGAAAUUGACGCCGUUUAAUGAUACGUUGUGGAGGACUUGGGUUGUUGAUGACAACUAUCUUCUCUUGAGAGCUGCUGCUAGACGUGCUUGGACUACUCAUUCUCCGAAUUAUCAAAACGGUGGUGCCACGAGAGAGAUUGCUCCGGAUAAUGUUUAUAUGACUGCUCAGGAGAUGGAUCGAGAUAAUCAGGAGUUGCAGGCAAGGUUUAACAUUAGUUGGGGGUUUCAGGUUGAUGAGAAACGAGUUCUUCAUUUGGUUCGUUUGCAUUUCUGCGAUAUCGUUAGUUCGUCGCUUAAUCAGCUCUAUUUCAAUGUCUUUAUCAAUGAGUAUCUUGCGUUUAAGGAUGUUGAUCUCUCCACGCUUACUUUCCAUGUGCUUGCGUCUCCGUUGUACAUUGAUUUUGUUGCGGAGUCUGAUCGUUCUGGAAUGUUGAGGAUUAGUGUUGGACCGUCUGAUCUUAGUAAUCCGGCGAGAGUUAAUGCUCUAUUGAAUGGAGUUGAGAUCAUGAGGAUUUUGAGCCCUGUGAGUUCUGAAGUGGUAUCUGGAAAGAGGAAUGUUGUCUGGAUCGUGGUUGGCUCGGUUUUGGGAGGUUUUGUGUUCUUGUCGCUGUUCUUCUUGAGCGUUUUGUGCUUGUGCAGGCGCAAGAACAACAAGACGAGGAGUUCAGAGAGCACGGGAUGGACACCUUUGAGGAGGUUUAGAGGCAGUUCCAAUAGUAGAACAACUGAAAGAACUGUUAGUUCUAGUGGCUACCAUACUCUGAGAAUCUCGUUCGCGGAGUUACAAUCCGGAACCAAUAACUUUGAUAGAAGUUUAGUUAUCGGAGUUGGCGGAUUCGGGAUGGUUUUUAGAGGGUCUCUUAAAGACAACACCAAAGUAGCUGUGAAGAGAGGCUCUCCUGGUUCAAGACAGGGCUUACCAGAGUUUCUCUCUGAGAUAACCAUUCUCUCUAAGAUCCGUCAUCGCCAUCUAGUUUCACUUGUUGGGUAUUGCGAAGAACAGUCUGAGAUGAUUCUUGUUUAUGAGUACAUGGAUAAAGGACCACUCAAAAGUCACUUAUACGGAUCCACCAACCCGCCUUUAUCUUGGAAACAACGGCUUGAGGUCUGCAUUGGUGCAGCCAGAGGACUUCAUUACCUUCACACCGGUUCUUCGCAAGGAAUCAUCCACCGGGAUAUCAAAUCCACCAAUAUCUUACUAGAUAACAACUAUGUAGCCAAAGUUGCAGACUUUGGACUCUCAAGAUCCGGUCCUUGUAUUGAUGAGACACAUGUGAGCACCGGUGUAAAAGGAAGCUUUGGAUAUCUUGAUCCUGAAUACUUCAGAAGACAACAGCUCACGGAUAAGUCCGAUGUUUAUUCAUUUGGUGUUGUUCUUUUUGAAGUUCUUUGCGCUAGACCCGCUGUUGAUCCGUUGCUUGUUAGGGAGCAAGUAAAUUUAGCAGAAUGGGCAAUAGAGUGGCAAAGGAAAGGGAUGCUUGAUCAGAUCGUUGAUCCGAAUAUCGCAGAUGAAAUCAAACCGUGCUCGUUGAAGAAAUUCGCUGAAACCGCAGAGAAAUGCUGUGCGGAUUACGGUGUAGAUAGACCGACAAUUGGCGAUGUUCUAUGGAACUUAGAACAUGUGCUUCAGCUUCAAGAAUCCGGACCAUUGAACAUUCCUGAAGAAGAUUAUGGAGAUGUUACCGACCCGAGAACGGCUCGGCAAGGUCUGUCUAAUGGCUCGAACAUAGAGAGAGACUAUGGAGAUGGAACUUCAGGCAUAAUCAGUAGCACCCAAGUGUUCUCUCAGCUAAUGACCAACGCUGGGAGAUAAAUUAAAGUCAUUGCUAUAUAGAGCAAGUAUUUAUCAUAGUCAUAGAGUACAAUACCUAAACCGGGAAACCAAAGCGGUGUACCGGUAUCUCAGAUUCGGUUCGUGUUUGGUAUAAUUUUGUUUGGUUUCUGUAACUUGUAGAGCUAUGAUUGUUCAUUUGAUAUGGAUGAAUCAUAAACCGUUAAAACCAGUACAUUAUUUGGUUAAAUAUUAAACCGGUUAAGAGUGGAGAAAUUAAAAACCGG